AAAAGUGAGGGAAGAAAAAACUUGUGGAAUUGCUGUGGUUGAGGUCAUCUUCUACUUCUUCUUCUAUUUGCAGAUUAGGUGAAUUAAAAAAUGACGUCGAGGUCAAGAAGAUUACGCAAUUGCAACAUAAUUGAUUCUACUUCUCAAAAUGCGUCACAAUUUGAAGAAGAAGCAAGAGAGGAGCAGUCACCAUCUUCCUCAGAACCACCUGCAGAGUCAAAUAAUACUGAGCAUGAAAAUAAUAAUCAGAAUGAACUAUUUCUUUGGAUCAUUGGUGCCGAUAAAAGUCGACGUAAGAAACGAGGACGUACAACAUUGGCAGAUAUAUGGACCCUAUCUGAAAGAGAGAGAAUUGAUGUUGAAGUAGAUAAAUAUGGGGUUCCUUGUACUUAUGCUGGAUCUAUCCUUGGAUCAUUUUUGGGAGUAGUUGCGAAGAAUGGAGCAUUUGCUCCUUUAAACAUUCCGCGAUGGGAUAACCAAGCUUUUAACCCAUUCAAGGAAAAAAUGUUAAAACAUGUUGAGUCAAAGUUUAGAUAUCCCGAGGGAACGAGACAUUGGGUCUUGGCAUCUUUAAACAAAAAGUGGAGAGACUACAAGAGUGAACUAAGGUGCGAAUAUUUCUCAGAAGACAAAUCGAUUCAAGAGUUGAUUAACAACGUACCACUCGGUGUAAUUCGGGAUCAAUGGACUAGCUUAGUGGCACAUUGGUGCACCGACGAGAGUAAGAAACUUUGUGAAGUGAAUUCUGUUUCUGCGAAGAAAGUGAAGAUGGCCCAUACAUCGGGCAGAAAAAGUUAUGCUAGAAAGCGAAAAGAAUUGGAAAUUGCUCUUGGCAAAGAACCUGAUCGACUAACUUUUUGGGAGGUGACCCAUAAGAAAAAGAAUGGAAAUUUUGUAAAUAGGGAUGCCGAGAAUACUAUGAAUACAGCGCGUCGAAAAUUUGAUGAACUAUCUCAAAAUUCUGAAUCUGAUACAAGCAAGUUGAUAGAUGAGGCUUUUCUUAACGCUAUGGGUCCCGAGCAUAAUGGGCGUGUGAAAGGUUUAGGCUUGGGACCUACUCUAAGAACAUAUUAUGGUGUGAAACAAAUAAAUUCGCUUGCAACGGCAGAAUCAAGUGGAAAUCAAUCACAGGAGAUAGAAAAACUGAAGGAAGAAUUAGAACGUGUAAAAAACACAAUGGAUGAAGUUCUCAAUUCUACCGUUAGACGGAUGCAAGCGGAAAUGGAUCGCUUAAACACACUACUAUCAAAUACUCAGGUUGCGAGUGGCAAUAUCAAUCCAAUUGAUGCAUUCUCUCCCAACUAUCGAUCAUCGAAUGCAAGUCAUGAACCUACAAGUGAAGGAAACCAGGGAACCACAUAAAUUUUUGUAAAUUAUAUAACUACUCUAUUGACUAU